CUUUUUUGAAGCCUCAGAUUUCAACGAGGAUUUAAUCUGAAGAUUUAUAUUUUAUUUCACUUUCAGCUCCGGAAGUGAAUUCACGCGUCGCCUGUUUCCACGUCCGGCUGCUAACUCUGCUAGCCGAAGCUAAGCUAAGCUAGCAGCUAGCUAGCAGCUGGUAGCCAUGGCUGCAGUUAUCCUGAGUUUCCCCAGUCUGCAGAGUCUGAGGGUCUUUACCCAGAAGCUGUCAUGGUCCAGGGGAGGCGUGAGGCUGGUGUCAGGAGGAGUGCGAAGGAUCGAGAAAGUGCUGAUUGCCAACCGGGGAGAGAUCGCGUGUCGUGUGAUGCGAACGGCGAAGAAGAUGGGCGUGCGUUCUGUGGCGGUGUACAGCGACGCAGACAGAGACUCCAUGCACGUGGCCAUGGCGGAUGAAGCUUUCCACAUCGGUCCUGCGCCCUCCCAGCAGAGCUACCUCUCCAUGGAGAAGGUUUUGGAAGUGGCCAAGAAGUCUGGAUCACACGCGGUCCACCCCGGCUAUGGCUUCCUAUCAGAAAGCACAGAGUUUGCAGAGGCAUGUAAACAGGAAGGCAUCAUCUUCAUCGGCCCUCCUUCGUCUGCCAUUCGAGACAUGGGCAUUAAGAGCACAUCGAAACACAUCAUGUCAGCUGCUGGAGUGCCAAUCAUUGGUGGUUACCAUGGAGAGGACCAAUCAAACGAGAGGCUCCAAGCGGAGGCAGUUAAGAUUGGAUACCCUGUGAUGAUUAAAGCCGUGCGUGGAGGAGGAGGGAAGGGGAUGCGUAUUGCACUUACAGACUCGGAAUUCUUAGAACAGCUGGAGUCUGCAAGACGAGAAGCCAGGAAAUCCUUCAAUGAUGACGUCAUGCUGAUUGAGAAGUUUGUAGAGGACCCCAGACACGUGGAGGUCCAGGUGUUCGGGGACAUGCACGGUAACGCCGUCUAUCUGUUUGAGAGAGACUGCAGCGUCCAGAGGAGACAUCAGAAGAUCAUCGAGGAGGCGCCGGGGCCUGGGAUUAGUCCGGAGGUUCGGAGGAAACUUGGAGAAGCAGCCGUCCGUGCAGCCAAAGCUGUGAACUAUGUAGGAGCAGGUACGGUGGAGUUUAUAAUGGACGCCAAUCAUAACUUCUACUUCAUGGAGAUGAACACCAGGCUGCAGGUGGAACAUCCCGUCUCUGAGAUGAUCACCGGCACCGACCUGGUGGAGUGGCAGCUCAGGGUGGCAGCAGGGGAGCGUCUGCCGCUCCUCCAGGAUGACAUCAUCCUCGGCGGCCACUCAUUCGAGGCGCGGAUCUACGCCGAAGACCCAAACAACGACUUCCUGCCGGGGGCGGGGCCUCUGCUGCAUCUCUCCACCCCCCCAGCGGACCAACACACCCGCAUAGAGACCGGAGUCAGAGAAGGGGACGAGGUGUCGGCUCAUUAUGACCCAAUGAUCGCUAAGCUGGUGGUUUGGGGGAAGGACCGACCAGCUGCUUUGAAGAAGCUGCGUUACUGCCUCAGACAAUAUAACAUCGUCGGACUGAACACGAACAUAGACUUUCUGCUGAGUCUCUCGGCCCACCCGGAGUUUGAGGCUGGGAACGUGACCACCAGCUUCAUCCCCCAGCACUACGCCGACCUGUUCCCGGCUCCCAGUGCUCCCACUGGGGAAAGCAUCUGCCAGGCCGCCCUGGGACUGGUGCUGCAGGAGAGGAAACACACACAGGAGUUCACACGCACAUCCACAGACCCCUUCUCUCCAUUUGGCUCGAGCAGCGGCUGGAGAAGCAGCAUUCAGUUUAACAGAAACAUGACGCUGCAGGUUGGAGACAAAAAAGUUGACGUGGUGAUCGGGUAUAACAAAGAUGGAAGCUAUAAUAUGCAGAUUGGCGAGGAGUCGUACCAUGUGACCGGAGAGGUGGAGUUGGAGGGCGGAGCUUCGUUCCUUCACUGUUCUGUCAACGGAGUGAAGUCUCGUCCCAAACUGGUGAUUCUGGACAACACGGUUCACCUGUUCUCCACGGAGGGAAGUUCCCAGGUGUCUGUCCCGGUGCCCAAGUAUCUGGCCGGUGUGAGCGGCUCUGGAGCUCAGGGCGGAGCCGUGGCCCCCAUGACGGGAACCAUAGAGAAGGUGCUGGUGAAGGUCGGAGACACAGUAGCCGUGGGAGACGCCCUGAUGGUGAUGAACGCCAUGAAGAUGGAGCACACGAUCCGGGCGCCGAAGUCCGGCGUGAUCAAGAAGGUUUUCUUCAUCGAAGGUUCUCAGGCCAAUCGCCACGCCCCUCUGGUGGAGUUUGAGGAGGAGGAGGGGGAGGAGGGAGAGGAGGGAAGCAGCCAGUGAAUUCAUCCAAACACACACACAGACAGGAAGGAGAGAGACGGAGCGAGUUACUGUGACAACAAGAGCGUCCACGUCAGGACGUGAGUUACCUGAUGAGUCCGGUUCAGUCCGGUUCGGAUCGAUGCCUCGAACACAAAGAGACCCGACGUGUUCCCGGGUUGAACUCGAGUCACAGACUGUAAAUAAAGAUGGACGAAGACGUCUCUACAUCUUCUCGCUGUGCAAAGACGAAGCUGAAUUAUCACAGAUACGAGCGCUGCCUUCUCUAGCUUUUCACGUCUUUUGGCGUCUGCGCUGUAGCAACCGACCAAUCGUGAGUCAGUCUCAGCUGUCAAUCAUCUUCAUCCUGUUUUUAUAGCAUCAAAUAACCCAAUAAAACUAAACUUAACAGAAACACUAAGCUAUUUUCUAGUUUGGUCCAUGUCCCACUUAUGAACAUGGAGGAGAUGGGGUUUAUGACCUGUACUGUAGCCAGCCACCAGGGGGCGGUAGAGAUAAUUUGGCUUCACUUUCAUGUCGUCCAUCUUCAUUUCCAGUAAAUGAUAAACGCCACAGAGAUCUUUAAUGUUCAAUUGCCUUUCACAGCCGAGUUUUGACUCUGUUGUUGGUUUCUUCUCUUUUCUUUCUUGUAUUUGUUCAGUUUCUUUCCUCUUUGUGUUGGUUUCUUUUUGUCUUUGUUCUGCACAGUUUGAGGCUGAAGACACAGAAUGUCAGGUCUCAUUUUUCUGCUUCUCUACACAAACACGUGUCGAGCAACUGAGCUAAACACACAAACACUAAAAGUUUGAGGCUGAAGAUGAGAAAUGUCUUUAGGUCUUUAGCAGAUCAGGGUUAGUUUCUGAAAUCUAGAACAAAUAUUCAAACUGGAUUUAACGACCAUGGAUUUAUUAUCACUGCUCAGUGGAAACUAAAUUUUAAGUUCGCUGGAUUGAUUUUCCUCUUUUUCCUGAUGAGUUGAAGUUGUUUCAAAGCAGGACAGAAUUUAAUUGUCACUAAAAACUGUUAUUUUUAAAAUCGUGUGGUUUUCAGUAGCUUGAUAAAGGCAGAAACUUGGUGUGAACUCACUUUAGUUUUUUUUUCUGUGGGGGAAAAUGUUUCAUGAGGUUUGUUGUGGUUUGUCUUUCAUGUUCUGUUCUUCCAGACUGAAUCAGAUCUUUUAUCAUGGCUGAGAAAAGGUUUGAGCCGAGUUAAAACCUCUUGAGGAGAAAAACACUCCAGAGAUAAAUGAGCUGCUUCUUUCAGUAUCUUUGUUUCCAGGAUCAUAAUGAACCUGAAAGGAUGAAAUGUCGGUCGCUGGGUUAAAACCGAUGUUUGUUUGUGUGUGAAUCAAACAAACAAGACGACGUGUUGCUCGUCUGUUCGUCACUAACGUUACUAACCGUGUGUUCUGGGGCCUUGUAGAGUAAAAGUUAAUAUUUGUAGAUAAAUGAGUUGAUUUAAAAAGAAAGAUGAUUAUAGAAACUGGUCUGAUUCUGUAAUAAAGGUUUGUUAAAGUAGA